AUAUUUGUUUGACAAUUUUCUCAUAAAAAUAUUAAUUUUUGGAAAUCUUAAAAAAAAACUACGUAAAAAACUUGUCGAAAAAAUAAAAUUCCUUUUUUUAAGUUUUCUUGAAAAUGAUGGAUAUAAACUCCAAUUUCUCUUGUGACGACUUUGUGCCAACGGAUUCUUCAAGCAGCUCUACAAUUGGUCUAAACAUUCCAUGUUCCCAACGCCAGACACCACAAACCCAAGAAAAGCAAGCCAAGUCCUCGACAAAUGGAUCGACAGAUAAGUGUCCCUCCAUGAUUCUAUCAAGCUCCACCAGCUCAUCCUCAUUAAGCUUUGAACUCUUCAAUAAAGAAUGUCACCAACCGAAAUUAGCCCAGCCCAUGGCGCCAAAUAUUGGAUACGAAUUGGCCAUGGCCAAAUCCAUAAUGCAGCAGUACAGCUCCAUAAGUGGAGAUAAUUUAUUCGAUCAUCUUUCGGACAUUAUCAAACGUGUCAUUGACGAACGUCCUCCCAAUGUCAUUGACUUUUUUGAGGAAUUCAGUCGUAAAGUCCGUGAACAAAAACUUCAUGUGCCGGAGCGUUUUCCUCCCGAUGGUGUGCACGAGGAGAAGCGUUCAUACAAAGUCGCCCAAAAGCAAUUGAUGUCCAUGAAUUUGCCCUAUCCCAGUGACCUACUAGAUGAUGAAGACUUGGAAGAGGAACGACAGAAAAUCGAUGACCUCAAAUUGGAUUUGAAAAGGGAGCCUUUGGACAAUUUUCGCAUAUUUAAUGGUCGAGUGCAACAUUUACAAUUCUAUUGGAACCAAUGUGGGUUUAGCUUUACUGCAGAAGAUAUAUUUCAAUUGGCUUGCUCCAUGGAUCGUUUGCAGACUCACCCUUCCAUACGCCAAUGUCGCUUUUGGGGCAUGAUAUAUGGUACUAAGGCUCCCUACUACAUAGUGGAGGUUCUUUUGACCAAUGAAGAAAUCGAAUCUAGAUUUUCUCAAAUGCAAAAGGAAAUUUUCGAGAGCCAAUGGAAGCUUCCAGAGGUGGAAGUUACUCACAUUGGACCUGAAUUAACUCCCGGCACAAUGGGUUGGGAAAAUUAUCCUGUCAUUGAGUUGGAUAAAAUGAAACCUCUUGCUGCACCCAUACCAAAGGUUAAGGUUGAAGAGCUUUUUGAUAUACCUCCUGAGCCCAUUGGACAAGGAGUCAAUCGUUUUACCUAUUUUGUGGUUAACAAUCUCUGGGAUGAAUGGAUGGAAUUACCCAUUUGUACACCCAAACAAGUACAAAUUUCCCGAAAAAUCAAAAAAUUCUUUACAGGAGAUUUGGAAGCCGAUGUCAUAUCAUAUCCUUGCUUUCCCGGCAAGGAGAAACAUUACCUUAGGGCUAUGAUUUCGCGUAUCACAGCUGGAACUUAUAUUGCUCCAAGAGGCUAUUACCGUCGCAUGACAAAGAGUGAGAAACGUUUAUUCGAUGGUCUUGCCGAUUAUGAGGCUGAUGAGGAAGAAACUACUGAUGGGCAAAGUGAAGAUACAACCACAAAGUAUGGAGAAGAAGAAGAAGGCGAAGAAGCACUGCCAGAUAAUGAUAUUGUCCUUCUGCGAAAUGAAAAAUAUUAUCCUUUGCCCUUGGCCAAACUUAAUCAAGCUUCGCAAUGGCUUCAUAUUAGACCCAAUAUUUUACCUCAGGGUCGAGUAGUGUGGUUUGACGAAGAGAAGGCAAAACUCGAAAGACAAAAAGAAUUGAAGCGUUUAGAAAAACUACGCCAAAUGGAAGAAAUGGGUAUAGAACAAGGAGAUGAAUACCAAGAGGAAGAAGAAGAAUCUAGCGAGGAAGAAGAAUCUAUUGGAGACCAAGAAGAACAAGAAUUAAAUGUUAAUACUUCACGUGAAUUGGGGCCUCCCAUUUUAUCUUGUUGUUCACAUGACUCUUAUGAAGAGAUUCCCGUAGCCUGGGUGGGACGCUUUACCAGUACCUAUACCAACCGAAAUGAACGUCUGCUGGUAAUGAGAUCUAAUAUUUGGCCUGGAGCUUAUACCUUUACCUUUGAAGAUCUUUGUGAUUCCAUUUAUAUGGGUUGGGGUCAUAAAUAUGUGGCACGAAAUAUGCCUUGGCCACAUUUGCCAGCAGUGGCAGAGGAAUUUCCUCAUACACCCUUGGAUUUUAUGGAAACCAACGAUCCCAGUGUGGAAAUGGAAGAAGCCUAUCGAUUGAGUUUGUUAAAGAAAGAAUUGAAAUUUAAGAAAUUGGGGGAGUCUAUAAGUGAUAACGAAAAUGAAACUCAUGAAUCAGAUGAUGAUGAUGAUGAUGAUGAUGAAGAAGAAGAGGAUGAAGAUGAAGAGGAGGAGGAAUAGUGAGACUCUGAAUUUAUGGACGGAACUUAAAAAAUAAUUUAUUAUCUAUGUUAUUUUUUUUUAAUAAAAUUUUUCAUUUAUAA